CCUGAUUCAGCUUCGCUUCAAGCAAAAACGAUAUUUUGUUUUACCAGUACUCAGGUCUCAGGCCAAAUUUAAUAACAAAUUUAGUUUGAUUUCACAGAACAGAUUUUUAAAUUGGAAAGGUAGAAUAGCCACCAAUGGGAAAAACAAGGCAGCUGUCCAAGUUUUGCCGCCUCUGUCUGGUGGAGACUAAAAACCGAGUGGUAGUUUUUCCUGAAGGAAGUUUAGUUGAGAACAGAGUCGAAAAUCUGAUACAACUAGUUGAAAUAGAGCUUGACCACAAAACUGAACCGGGUGCUGUAAUUUGUUUUGAGUGUGUCGCAACACUUGAAUCAUUUCGCCAGUUUAAAAGCCAAUGUCAUGAAAACGAUAAAUAUAUGAGAACACUUUGCAACAAGACGAGAUUUGUUGAGGUUCUGGAAGAACAAACAGACGAUCAAUUUUUCGAUGAAGAGGCGGUAUCUGAACAUGAAACUAACGAAGUAAUAAAAAGCCCUGCGAAACCAAAAAGUUCGUCACCCAAAAAGAAUGUUUCGAACAGUCCUGAAAGAUCAUCGACGCUCGCAAAAAUCAUUAAGCCGCUGAAUGAACACAAAGUGACGAAAUGUGCUGGACCCAAAAUACAACCAAAAAUAAUCAAAAAACCGGAGAUGCCAGUUCUUGCGGAAUCAUACCCGGAAUAUUUUUACUUCGAGAAAGGUCCCCGGUCGGUAAACUUUACGCUAGUUUUUUACGGUGAACGUUAUAAUUCGGCUAUAUACUGCAGAACUAAGACCUACUGGCAGUGUAUGCAUCGUAAAAAGUAUCGAUGCGAUGCUCAAGUCUGUGUGACCAAUGAUUACCAGUUUUUUGAGCGACGACGUGAGCACAGCCAUAGUAAGAUUCCGGAACAGGAGGGGAAGAUAUUCAUGCCGUUAGAAGCACUUCCAAAGAUAUUUGAAGUAUGCUAUGAAAUAUCUUCUCGGAAAUGUGCCAAAUAUCAGCAACCAAGAACAGCACAACGAACUGUUACUCCAGCCUCUAAUAUAAACAAAAAACAGGAUGGUAAGUUAUUGGACAAAGAACUGAUGGAAAAAACAAGAUGUGUUGCUAAUGUUGAUGAUGAUAGGAUAGUUGAUGAGUCUUUUUACGACAAGCAUAACGAUGAUAAUUCUUCCAAGGAGGAUUGUUCUGAUCAUAGGACAGAAAUUCAAAGUAAAUUUUCUAACGCGACUGUGAAAAGAAAACUUUCCAUCACUCCUAUAAAAUCGGAAGUCAAGAAAGCGAAUCUAAGUAUAGCUAAACUCGAGAACACCGGUGUCAAAACGCCAAGCUCCAAAAAAAUAAAACUGGCUGAUUCCUAUCCAGAUUUUUUUUACUUUGAAAGGGGUCCUCGCUCCGUUUACUUCACGCUGGUGUUUUACGGUGAACGAUACAACUCAGCACGGUAUACGCUAAACUAUACUUAUUGGCAGUGUAUUCAUCGUCGCAAGUAUGAAUGCUCUGCGGUUGUGUGUGUGUCGAACGAUUAUACAUUUUUUGAACGUAGGCGAGAGCACACUCACGGAAAGCUUCCGGAAAAGGAAGGAAAGAUCUUUACACCAUUGCAGGCUUUACCAUUGAUAUUUCAAAUUUGUAAAAAUAUGGAACGCCAUCGCCGGACAGGAGAACCGCUACCGCCACUUGAGCAAAUACCAACAAAUGAUCCAUCCGAAGAAGAUCCCAUUGCUGAUAACGAUACACCAUCUACUAUUAAAAAGAAAAAUUUAAGCAAACCAUUCGACACGAGCAAAAUUGCGGAAGAAUUCGCUGUCCAAAAUGUACCAUCCAGUGGACAGUCAGGUCCCGUUUCGAAUCAUGGCGCGGUCUUGGCCGAUUCAUACCCGAACUUUUUCUACUUUGAAAAGGGCGCUCGUUCAUAUUACUACACGCUAGUGUUCUACGGAAAACGUUAUAAUUCGGCACUCUUUACGGCAAAUUACACUUACUGGCAGUGUAUACAUCGCCGAAAGCACAGAUGUUCCGCUCAGGUCUGUGUGACAAAUGAUUAUAAGUUUUUCGAGCAGAGGCACGAGCACAGUCAUGGAGACCUUCCAGAGAAGGCAGGUGAAAUCUUCACCCCGUUCGAAGCGUUGCCAGUGCUAUUUGAAGUUGCCAAGAAGGUUAUUAAUCGGAAACGAUUACAAUCAAAUGUGCGUAAUGCACCAAAGUACGUAGACAUCGUAGAUAUUCUUGAUGAUGCGAAUCAAGAAAUUGACAUGAUUGAAGAUGACGAAAUUCGAUCACAUGAGGAUUAGUAUUAACAUUUUU